AUGGCCCGACUAAACGAACCCCCCGUAUCUGCAGAUAGCAUCGACACGCUGCGUAGGAAGCUGCUGCGCCAAAACAGAGACCUCGCCAAAGCCAACGCCAUCCAUCUGGUCCGCAUCAAAAACCUCGAGGCGGACUAUGCUCGAUCUCUAUCGGAGAACCUCGAACUGAAUGGCCGCAUCAUCGAGCUGGAGAAGGAGCUCGAGAACAGCAAUGCCCGGAGAAUAGCAGACCACGCCCUGGACAUCAGGUCCCGGCUCGAAACCCAGCUGAUGGAGUGCAUGUCGGUCCUCGCAAGCCUCGGUCAGGAGCCUCCGACGAAACGACACGCGAGCCCCCGAGGGCGGAGGAUCUCGAGAGCCAGCAUGUCACAUCGUAGCCCUCCUCAGAGGCGCCCACCAAGGGAGGCAACCAAGGACACUGAGGCCCGAGCGCUGCAAGAGGGCCGUCUGCCUCCCAUCGCAGAGAACAAGUCGUACCCCAGAGCAACGCUCGACCGUGAGCAAAUCCUUGCCCUGUGCUCAGAGGCCGCAGACACCACAGACACCGCCGAUACCACCGACUCCCCUGAACUUGGCCCGCCGCCAUUGUCGCGGUUCGUCGACACGGAUUCCGUCGACAUUGGCUCUCCCCGCCAGCCGAUGGUAUCUGUAGAACCAGAGGCCGCUCCAAGCUCCCCGAUGCAGUCGCCCUCGCCAGCGCCAGCGCCCGCACCGCAGCCGACCCCCGCGCCUAGGACAACGAAUAAGACCGAGAAGAACGUCAUUGUACGACCCGAUCCAGCUCCCCCCAGCGAAGGUGGCCAAACCGAGGCCAAGCGCCCACUCACAGAGACCGCCGUCCUGCCCCCUGUGGUGUCACACAUCACCGCCAAGGCUGGCUCGAAGCGGAAGUACAGCCUGGCAGAUGAGACGAGCAAGAGCAGCAAGCCGGUCGCCGAACUGCCAAAACCAACAGAGCCCGAGGAACGCCCCGUCACGGCGCGCGAACAACUCGGCGGGCAGACCUUGAAGGAACUGGCCAACCGGCGGCGUGAAGCUAGGGAGCGCAUGUCGGCACCGAUAAACCCGAGGAAGCCACUGUCGGCCAAGAGCACGAACGACGACAUGACUUCGCCUGUGAAGAAUGCCAAGGCCGGGGCGGACAACGGGAAAGCCCCGGAGAAGCCCAAGCCGCGGGCAGCAAGGGAGCGGGCGACCCAGAAGAUCAGAGAGGAAGCCGAGCCGGAGCCUGUGGAGGUGCCCGUGGCGUCGCCACCACCGCCUGCACCCGUCGUCGAGGUUUUGCCGAGCACGGAGGCUGUCCCCACGGAAGCCGCUCUCCUGUCUCCAGCAUCGCCCGAACCCACGUCCAGGAUGAGCCUGCCGAGUGUGCGCGAUACGCCACCUCCCACGGACAUCUCCUCUCACGGCGAGACAUCGCGGCCGAGCAGGCGGGCGCGGGCUUCCGUCAGCUACGCGGAGCCGAAUCUGCGGGACAAGAUGCGACGCCCUACCAAGGAGCUGUACGACGCCGUCACCGGCCAGACCCGGUACCUCCAGCGCAGCGGGAGCGCCAACGCGGAGCAGCUCCUCGCUGAGGGAAUCCCCGUGGUUAAGCGCGAGUCCAGCGACGAUGGCACCUGGAAGCAAAUCGCGUCGCCGACGCGGGAUGCUCUGCAACGCGAAAAGAGCCCCGGCAGCCCGGCAGACAAAACAAAACCGCUGGAGCCGAUGCUCAGCGUGGCGAAGCCCCUGCGCAAGAAACGCUCGUCCUCAAUGAUGUCGGGGUCUAUCAGCGAAAGUGAAGGGCAGAAACCGUUCCAACAGGCCCCCAGCGGCUCAACCACUGCGGAGAAGACGGUCGGCAGCCAGCCCACUCCGUCGCCCGAGCGUGAAGUGGAUCCUUACGAGUUCACAACCUCGACCCCGGGCAGCGACAGUUCCCGGGUCGAGCCCAAGGAGAAUGCCGCUCCGGCGCGCCAUUCCAAGUCUUCGCGACGCCUCUCGUCUGUUGUGAGGGAAGACUUCAAAGUUGACGGCACGGACGGGGCCGAGCGAACAAAAGCCGGCGGGCCCAGGAAGAGAGCGUCAAUGGUGCUGCCCAAGAGGACCCGCGUGGAGGCCGAAAGCCCCGAGGACAGUAGCUUUGAGAGCGUGGAGAGCGGGGAUUUCCAGGACACGAGGUCGAAGGUCUCGAUGAGGAGACGGAGCAUGAUGUUGUAA